AUGGGAUUCGUGCGCGUGGCUGAGGCUGACAGACUUAAGGAGAACAAGAGACAUGUAGUCACGCUGCGAUAUGCCAACGAGUACCAGACUGUGGUUCUAUUCCGCAUGGAUGGCUUAGAGGAGGAUGGGAGGGUGCACACGCGCGAAUACUACGCUAUUGAAUCCAACUGUCCCCACGCUGGUGCGCCACUAGAAAAUGCAUCUUUAGAGUUAGUAGAGGAUGAUAUAGAGGAUAUUGUCGAUGUUAUUGCUGUGUGUCCGUACCAUGCAUACGACCUCUCCCUAUCAUCUGGCGAAUCGAGCUACGGGAUAAAAGCGUGUACUUUCAACGUCGAGCAGCGUGACGAAAUCAUCUACAUCGACACGCACGACUCCAGUCCGUGGGAGGUUAUAGCAGUGCGAGCAGUUUCGGAGCAAUUCGCUGAAUCCACCACCAAUCCCGAGCCACUGCAGCACGUCGACAGGUACAUCACACCAGACCAGGAGCCCACAACACUGACGCAGUGGGCUACACUCAUCCUCAAAACCCCCGACCCCGAGUUGAAAAUAGCUUACACGCGUCGCGCAUCACAACUAUUUAAAGGUGGGCAGAUCAAAGUCAUCGGUAAAUCAACACCGCCUGAGAAGCCUCCGCGCAAUCAACAGCAAGUUGACCCCUCGCGUGCGGGUCGAAGAGGUAAGGGAGGCUCGCUGCAGAGUCGCAUUGCUCUCCUUCACUCCCUAGCCAAUAUUGAACUCUGGGCUAUAGACUUAGCGUGGGAUAUCAUUGCACGCUUUAGUAACGCCUCACUCGAUCCUGUCGCCCCCAACUCCAAAAUGCCUAUGGAUUACUUCUCCGAUUGGCUACAGGUCGCGACUGACGAAGCUAAGCAUUUCAGUCUCCUCAGAAGACGCUUGGAGGAAAUGGGCAGCUUUUAUGGCGCUCUGCCGACUCACGGCGCUCUCUGGGAUAGUGCCGAGGAUACUAAACACUCCCUUAUUAGCAGACUAUCCAUCAUUCACCUCGUCCAUGAAGCUCGAGGAUUGGAUGUCAAUCCUGCGACAAUUGCCAAAUUCAGAGCUAGUGGUGAUUUGGAAUCAACUGAGGUUUUGGAAACUAUUCAUCAUGACGAAAUCACUCACGUCACAGCCGGUCAUAAGUGGAUGCUGUUCUGCUGUAAACAUUCCAACCUCGAUCCUAUAGAAACUUUCAGGAAACAAGUUAAACUGAAUUUCAGCGGUAAACUGCGCGGGCCUUUCAAUACCGACGAUCGUCACAAAGCUGGUCUUAGUGAAGGGUGGUACAAUGAUCUUCAGGGCGAGAAAACUUCCACUUAUAAACCCACAACAAUCAAAUCUGUCAAGGAAGAAGCUAUUGCUGACGCGCUGAAAGAUACAGAUCACACAGUAAAGGAGGAUCAUAUUACUGAAACGUUGAAACACACUCGCAUUUAA